CAGCCCACAGCAGGGGGAGUCAGAUUUGGCCAUAGAGUCAGGAUUCGGCACAACAGGGCCAUCAUCAGCAGUCAGUCAGAGGAACCAGAGCUGAGCUGCAGAGAAGCUGGAGCCAUGUCCCACGCCAAACACACACUGUCAACAGAUGUGGAGAGUCUGAGACGAAGAUCCACCACUGAUAGCUCAGAACUCCUGUGGGACCAUGAGCACAGAGGUCAUCACCGGGGCUCCCAGUGCGACAGACUGUGUGCGGCCAGCACUCACCCUGAGAUGCUUGAUACUCCUUCACCAUGCGCCUCACAUCAUUUCGGCAUCUUCACACCAAAAUGCCUCUCCACUCACAGACUUUCUGUGCCCUCAUGGUGCGCUGAAGAUGCCUGGCAGGAGGCAAGCUGUAGGACAACCAUCCGUGCAGAGAACGAAGUGGAAGCUCACAAACUGGCCAAUAACUAUAAGUUUGGCUUCAGAAAGUGGAAGAGUCAUGUUACGGAGCGUCCUAUCGAGGACAGAUCGGACAUUGUGAAGGAGUUAUAUUCAGAGCUGAACUUCAUCAAACCACAAACAGGUUCGCUGUUGAAUGCUGGGAAUGUAUUUUAUGCCAUUUUCUUUGGCUGGUGGAUUUCUUUAUUUUACUUUUUGGUCAGCUUAUUGAUGUUUUGCACCAUCAUUGGGAUUCCAUAUGGGAAGCUGUGUUGGAAGUUGUCGGGAUAUUUACUGUGGCCUUUUGGGAAGGCAUUACAAAAGACCAGCAGUUUGGUACGGAAGUGCUGUAUUAAAUUCCCCAACUGUGAAGCCAUUCCUGAAGAGGCAGAUGAAGUGAAUCAGUCUGCAGAUUUGAAGGAGUCCACUCCUCUGCUGCUCUCUCCUCCUCCAGUCCCUGUAGAUGCCCCAAUAAAUGCUCCUCAUAGCAAGAAGAUCCGUUACUGGUGUCGUGUGAGCACAUAUGUCUGGCUAGUGAUGGGCUACGUUCCUCUGGUCAUAGUACACGUCCUGGCCUGUAUCCUGUCCUGGAUAUUGGUCUUUACCAUCCCUGUGUCCAAGAUGAACGCCAGGAUGUUCACCACCAUCCUUCUUCUGCCUCCUGAGGAGAUCCAAGUUCGUCCAGUGAAGAAACUUCCAGGCUGUGAAACUAGGGUUCUCCUGUGCUGUUAUCGUGCUGUUAACUGGAACUACUACAAGUACACAGUAGACGGCAUCAACGUCUUCGCUGUUAACCUGCUGUCUUUGGUUAUCGUCACUCUGGUGAUUGGUUACGUGGAUCGAGAUAAUUCUCUCGUCAGGUCUGAGGUGAAGUUUGCUACAGCGGUGACCUCCAUCAUUCCUCUGUCUUACUACAUAGGCAUGGGCAUAGCAAGUAUCUCAGCUCAGAGUAACUUUGCUGUGGGCGCGGUAGUGAACGCCACGUUCGGUUCCAUCACUGAGAUGACCUUUUACAUCACUGCGCUGCUGCAAGGUCACCGGGCCGGGAGUAAGUGCUAUGGAGAGAUCGUUAAAGCGGCUCUGACGGGGACGCUGCUGGGCUGCAUCCUCUUUGUUCCGGGUCUGUGUAUGAUCAUCGGGGGCUGUAAGCACAGAGAGCAGAGAUUCAACAGCAGGUCUGCUGGCGUCAGCUCUGCCUUGCUCUUCAUUUCAGUAGGAGGAGUCUUUGCUCCCACGCUGUUCUCUAAAGCCUAUGGGAGUUUAAUGUGUGAAGGCUGCAGUAAUCCCACCGGGAACAACAGCGGACCCUUCUACUGCACAGACUGCCACUAUGACCUGAGUGAGAACAACCGCUCCCUGUUUCUCAGUCACAUUGAGCCUCUGGUGUACACAGUGUCAGUUCUUCUCCCUGCUGCGUAUCUCAUCGGGCUGGUUUUUACACUGAAGACUCACUCGCACAUCUACGACAUCCACAUCAGUGAAGGACACAGCCAUGUGGCUAUCAAUCAUGACCCUGUGGUGCACUGGUCCAGAUGGAGGGCGUUGAUGGUCCUAAUCGUGGCCACUCUGCUGACAGCAGCUUGUGCGGACCUCACAACCGAGCACAUCAAACCAAUCAUCUCCUUCUCCAGUGUCUCACAGUACUUUAUUGGAGUCACUGUGCUGGCCAUGGUUCCUGAGCUUCCAGAAAUUGUCAACGGAAUCCAGUUUGCCCUUCAGAAUAACAUCAGUUUAAGCCUUGAAGUUGGGAAUUGCAUUGCUGUCCAAGUCUGCAUGCUUCAGAUUCCACUCUUGACCUUGUUCAACGCAGUUUAUGAUGUUGGAUUUGUUCUCAUAUUCAGUGAUUUGCAUCUCUGGGCGAGCAUCUUCAGUGUCAUCUUGGCGAAUUACAUCUUUAUGGAUGGAAAGUCUGAUUAUUUCCAGGGAACAGCUCUGGUGGUCGUCUACUUCAUCCUCCUGGCUUUGUACUUUUUUGCACCGUCUCCUCUUGGCUGCUGACCGUCACACCUUUUCUCACUUCAGUUUUCUGUUUUUUUCUUUCUUUUUUUUGUUUGUCUGUUUUUUUUUUUUAAAUACCUUUACGAGAGCUUUGGGUAUUUGUACCGUGAAUUGUGUACUUUCUCAUUACUUUUCUUUCUUCUUUCAUAAUCAAGUAAUAUAUUAUAUGUAUGGAUUUUGACCUGUCCUUUAAAUGUGUUCUGAUUUUGUCACAAAAGAGCUUUUUGAUAUUAAAAUGAAACACUGUAAAUAAAUACAAAUAACCAUGUUGAAAAAAAAGCUGAAUGUCAUUUCGUGUGUGAUUAAAAAAAUAAACAUCUGAACAACUUUGAACAAA